AAAACAUACACCAAGGAGGACAUUUGUUUUUGACUUUUCGACCGCAGAGCAUACACAGUUCUCACCAGACAGAGGAACAGACCGCCUGCAAACCUCAAACGACGACUGGAACUUUGUGUCUGCGCAAGAUCACUCACAAUUAUCAACCAUGUCCAACACUGUGGCUCCGAUGCUCUCUGUGUUCCCCAGUCGGGCUCUGGUCGAUGAGAAUUUCAAGGUGGUGGUGAAGAAUCUGCCUCCGGGAUGUCCAGUGACACUUCACUCCCUCCACCAGUGUGAGGACAAGUACUACUGGGAGGCCUACGGCCACUACACCAGUAAUCACAGAGGAACCGUGUCUGUUACAGAUGAUUUGAGUUUUGGGGGAACGUACACAGGAAAAGAAGCCAUGGGUUUGUUGUGGAGUAUGCGUCCCGUCCCAGGCAGCCGUGAAGGCCUCAGGUUGAGGAGGAGGAACGUCUGCAGCCCCCUGCUGGUCAACAUCUCCGUCUACAGGGGACAUGUAGUGGAGGGCUUCAGGGAGCAGGCUCCUCUGGCCUCGUCGCUCACAGAGAGAUGGUACAUGGCUCCAGGGGUCCAGAGGAUCCAAAUCAGAGAGAAGGGAGUGCGAGGGACUCUGUUUCUACCUCCAGGUCCAGGUCCCUUCCCCGGUAUGUUGGAUAUGUGGGGGGGUGGUGGAGGGCUGGUGGAGUAUCGUUCAGCCCUGCUGGGGUCUCAUGGUUAUGCUUCUUUGGCGCUGGAGUAUUUUGCCCCUGGGGAGAUGAAGUCGGCAGACUUCGAGUUCAACUAUUUUGAGACAGCAUUUAAUAUCGUGAAAUACCAUCCUCAAGUGAUGCCGGACAAAGUUGGAAUUUUUGGUCUUUCCCUCGGCGCUGUUUUGACCAUUCUGUUGGCAGCGGAGAGCAGCGUUAUCAAGCCUUCCUGUUGUGUUUGUAUCAGCGGCAACCACCUUUUUCCACGGGGGAUGACCAUCAAAGAAGCAUUGAACAUGAAAUCUCCCAAGAUACGCCUGGAUGAGAACAACUAUGAGAUAUGGCGAGAUAUGGGUCUACCGAUUCCUGAUGAUCCCACACACAAAAUAGACGUGGGGAGAAUAAACUGUCCAAUUAUGUUGGUGAACGGCCAUGAUGAUCAGAACUGGGCCACAGUGGAGUCUGCUGACGAUAUGGCCCAGAUGAUGCGUGCAGCAGGGAACCUGCACCUGCUGACCAGACUUCACUACCCUGAUGCUGGACAUCUGAUUGAGCCGCCAUACACACCUCACUUCAGAGCUACUAAGUUUGUAAAGGACACAAAAGAGAAAGUGAUAUUGCUGUGGGGAGGACAGACCAAACCCCAUUCAGAUGCUCAGGAAGACUCCUGGAAGAAUAUCUUGGCUUUUCUGGAGCAGAAUCUGUACUCCAGCCCAACUCUCAAAGCCAAGAUGUGAAUGACUACACAAGCACAGAUCGCCAACGUAUCACUGCUGGAACACAGAGUGUUGUGUGACUGGGCCAUGUUAGUACAUUAACACUACUGUUCAUUGGUUCCUCACUGUGUUGACCACGUGCCUUUCUUCUGAUCAGCUGAGGUUGUUCGUUUUGUUCAAAUUGUGCCUCUUCAUUCCGAGCAAUACAUUUUAGUUUAAUUAUCUGCAAGCCUCAACCUUUGACACAGUGGCGAUUUCUUUAAGACUGCAAGGGAAGCUCAGCUUCCCUUAAAAUGUCUACAAUUUAAUGGUCAAAUAUGUACUAUUGUGUUAACAUUUUAUUGACUAAAAUGCGUUAGAAUACGUUCAUCUCGAAGACGAGUUUGUUCACAAUUGGCUGACUCGAUUUCCUUCUCAUACAUUCCCGUAGCGCCUCAGUGCAUUUCCCUGUUGAACCCAUAGGCUACAUUUAGUAAACCACUUUGUAAACUAUUUCCUGGAGUGCUACAAUCUCUAUCAUUAUUUAUUACCUUAUAUUCAGGGGUUAAAUUGGGAUUUGUUUCGCCUGGGAAAUUAUUUUUUGAAAAAUAAACCAUUAAAUGGCACUUUUCU